AUGGCGGCGGUACCGGGCGGGCUCUUCGCCGUCUACAAACCGGCGGGGCUGGCGUGGGGCCGCGUCCGGGACGCGGUGGAGACGCGGCUGCUGCGGGACCUGAACGCGGCGCCGGGACGCGCCCCGCGGCAGCACGUCCGCUUCCUGCCGGCCCCGGGCGGGGGGCUCGGGCUGGUGGCCGCCAUGGUGCCGGUGCUGGCCGACCACCCCCUCGUGCGAGGCCCGCGGUUCCGGCAGCUGAAGAUCGGAGCGGGGCACCGGCUGGACGUGAAGGCCUCGGGAGUCUUCGUUCUUGGCAUAGGCCAUGGGAACAAGCUGCUUACUGACCUGUACAACUGCCACCUGACCAAGGUUUACACCGUUGGUGGGCUGUUUGGUAAAGCCACUGAUGACUUCUCAGACACAGGGAAGCUAAUAGAAAAGACAACAUUUGAUCAUAUCACAAGGGAGAAGCUGGAAAGGAUUCUUGCUGUCAUUCAAGGAACAAAUCACAAGGCCCUGCUGAUGUAUUCUAACAUUGAUAUGAAAUCACAGGAGGCUUAUGAACUGGCUGUCAAAGGGUUGAUUCGUCCCAUGGGAAAAAGCCCUCCAAUAAUCACAGCCAUCCGAUGCCUCCAGUUCACACCUCCAGAAUUCCAACUAGAAAUCCAUUGCUUGCACGAGACUCAGCAGUACCUCCGAAAAAUAGUCCAUGAGAUUGGUCUGGAGCUGAAAUCCUCUGCCGUGUGCACACGGGUGCGGAGAAUCCGCGACGGUGUCUUCACCUUGGAGGAUGCUCUGCUGAGAACCCAGUGGGACCUGCAGAGUGUCCGGAAGGCAAUUCAGAACUGCCAGCUCAAAGUGAAAACAGAGUUGGAGAAAACGCUGGGCCAGCAGGAUAGAAGUCUUCUUCAGGAGCUGGAGGCUGAGAUGGCAGGCAGCUGAGCGUGCCAUGGAGGGAAGGUCCACGGGCCAUCUCUGUGGCACAGUAACACAGCUACCUGCUGACAGCCUGAUGGACAGCAGAAGGAAGGGGGUUAAUUGCAGUUCACUCCCACCCUUUCCUUGAGAUGACUUAUCAGAGAGAGGCAUUUUUGUUAGUGACAGGCUGUAUAAUAAUUUUUUUCAAGCAUGGCAAACAGUUCAUUAACAGCAGUUCGCUGUGCCAAAAUUCCUGUUGAGUCUGGGAACAUUGGUUGCUAUGGGAUGUAAAAACCCAUCCCCAAAUUGUUCAGCAGCAGAAAAUAGUGUCUUACAGAGCUGCAUUCCCUUGAUUGAACAGGUUUGAUCCUUACAACUGGCAGCAGAACUUACCUACUGUGUGGAUUUUAUUUUCCCUCUGUUGUCCGAGAGUAUUUCCUUUAGUCCUGCUUUCAGACACGUAAGAGCUCAAAAUCAGACCAAAAGAGGGAUGGGCAGGAGAAAUCACAGCUUACACAAAGCAGUGUGGGGAAAUGGUUAUAUCCAGAGUAGGGCUGUGUGAUGGAAAUGGCUUGUAACAGGGAUUGGUGAAAACUGAAAGUGACCAAAAGGGGAAGAGGCUGGUUCUUGGCUCAGCACUCAUCUCUGAGUACAGACUCAUUAAAAGAGCAUGGUGCUUUUGGUUUGUUU